CAGCAUUCGCAUUAGUAUACUGGUAGAAUUCUACUACAGAAAGUUAGAUUGGAAUUGGAGACGACGAGAAGACCCUGGAAUCUAAUUUGUUUGCCGCUGGCGUCAAGUGCCUCAGGCUUCAGAUCUAGGAAGGCGGAAGUGGUGAAAGUGUGUUAGUUUUCACUCCAGUGGAGAUUUUGUCGUCUAAAACCUAUUGAAAUGCAUCGCUUUGGGUCUUUGAACCCUGACGAUUAUGGUGGUAUGCCAUCAUUCUUAACGCACAUACACAACAGACGAAGGCAAAACAUCGACCUAGGGGAUGCGACCGCCUUUGGUAGGGAUAGCACAGUUUCAACACGUCUAGCUGAAGUUGGAAGGGCUCUUGAACAAGGUGGAGAAAACCAACAAAUCCAAGUCGCAGUCGAAACGUUUGUUAAUAACUUGUUAAAAUGUAUCGGAAAACUAGAGGGCCGCUUCAUCAGCACGGUUAUUCCGAGUGGAAGUUUCUACGAGGGGACGAAAGUUACGGCACCUGAUGAGUUUGACUUCAUGGCGGAAAUUCAAGUUCUUUCUUUUCGUGGAGCCUGCUCAGUCCAUUGGCACAGUGGAUUUCCCGGUCGUCCUAUAGUGAAACCCCAUCCUUUCCUAGCAUACACACUUUUUUCUGAUUUGAUUCAUGGUUCUUCUGGCCUUUCAUCUGGACGAUUCUUCAACGCUUUUGAGAGAACACUGCUUAGUGCCCUAGAUGUUAUGGAUCCGCUUCCAGCGUGCUGGGGGCCGUCAAUCAAAAUUGGCCACAAAGGCCCCUCGGUCACUUUAGUUUUGACCUGGAAUGGACGCAAGUACAGGAAGUUGGACAUUUCCAUCGACAUUACACCUGCUAUUAAGUUUUUCCACUGGCCUCAAUGGACAGACAUUUCAGCAACGACAACUACCUGCUUGGGAGCUGCUAAGGAAUCAUACUCCAAGACCCUCAAGGAAAAAGUCACAAAACUCGGUUUCCAUGUUGUGGCAGUCACUCCAUUGUGGCGUGCAUCGUUUUCAGUUGCGGAGAUGCACAUUCUCAAAUCCUUCAGCCCAGACAGCAACCGCCUAACAUGCUACAGGUGUGCAAAAUACUUCCGUGACCAGCAUAAGGGAGACAAUUUUGUGCUGACUUCUUAUGUUUUAAAAACUGGAUUCCUUUUCGAGCUGGAAAAAUUUCCAGACGAAAAAUUCUGGAGCAAUGAAGAGCUGUUUGCACGGUUGGAUGGUAUGAUGAAACACCUUCUUCGCGAAGCAAAAGAGGAAGUCCUCGGCAGCUACUUUGUGUCCUCCUUUUCUGUCAGCAAGAGUGAAAUGGAAGAUAUAUUACCUCAUGCCAUACAGAGAGUUUUGGAUGAUUUGCUUUUAUUGAUGUUACUUGGACCAAAAGCAACUUGUUGCCAUUAGUUGGAACUAAAUUUCUUGUAAUGGUAUGACUUUAAGAACUCUGUUAGCUUCAAAUGUGAUGGACGUGAUGACCUGUAAUCUGAUUAGUUUAACUUCCAUGAAUUCAUGACAUUCACGGUCCUUGGAUAAUUUAUGAGAUGGGGCGCUGGUCACUUGAUUGUUUAUCCAAAAUACUGCUAAAUUUAAGUUGGUGUGACCGUGAGUUGAUGGGUAACACAACUCAGUGGUUGAUCUUUUGCAUCACAGUGCAAAUUCCAAUGGGCCUUUUUUGAUACUCCUUAAUUGUUUUGUUUUUUUGUUUUUUUUAGUUUAUUGCGAUCUAGUGUUGAUAACUGAGUGUCGACUGGUUAACCUUUUCAUUUCAAACGAUAUUUAGCCUUGGGAAAUGAAUUUAGAAUAAGAUCAUAGUAAUAGGAGAAAAACAUUUGUAUUUUUUUUUGUUUUGCCCAUUGCUAUUGUAAAACUUACAAAUAGGUAAGCUCGCCAUAACUACUACAGUAUGCAAGAUAUAAUUGCUCUUUGUAACCAGGCUUUAGUUCCUUUGUUGUAAUCGAUAAUAAUAGCACACGAUUUGUACUGCAUUGCUAAGGGCUGGAACCUUCAACAACGAGAACGUUGCAACCGAUUUUCGACGAAUGUCGUUCACAUGUUUUUGGCAGACCUCGUCGGUCUUGUGUGACUCGUGUGCAGCUGCGUUGCGAGUAAAUAAUGUCUUGUUUUUUGUUUCGUUCUUGUAAAAAGUAAACAGGAGAAUAAAAACUGACAGGUUUUUACACUAAUUCAGGACAGGAUAUUUAAUUUUACAACAUGUCUUUUGCACUAAAGUAAAGCAGGUUAAUAUAACUCAUUGACGGAUAACUCGCUUGUCGGAGACAUCCGAAAUAUUGCACUUUUCAUUUGGCCAUCUUUACAAAAAGGCCAGUCAAAUUCAGUGCAACCGGCGUACGUACCAUGUAAUAUUUUUUUCUGGUAUUUGUUUGUCAUUUUUUCCUAUAAACAGCUUUCUUGAUUAAAAAUGCAUGCUUAAGCCCACAUAGAAGAAAAUACAAACAGGUGAAUUUACACACAUUUGACAUUGAAGACACGAUUCACGUAGCUGCAAACGAAGAGGCUGCUUUGUCGUCUUUUGUUUCAAGACUGCUCGAAAAAUAAAAUCUCCUCGCUGGUUGUCAUAUAUUUCUUGUAGUUCUAGUUAUGAGAGUAUGACGGUACAUCAGGGCAGUUAAUAUUUAUUCUUUCUUGUCACCUGUCCGUAACGGUGAAUAGUCACCAGAUCGACUUCAGCAAACGUUGGCAGUAAUCACAUAUCUGAUUUUUUAAGGCCGCAUUUAGAUUUGCAUUGAAAUGAAAAAUUCACGGAAAUUAACAAAAAAAUGUACUCCAGCAGGUAUUCCCAUGUAAUCACCGAAGGCUGAAUGUAGGUCAGUUUUGUGCAAUUUUCUUCUGACAGACAGGUAUUCUCAAUUCCACAGACGCAUC